AUGUCUUACGGUGGUGGUUACGGCGGUGGCCGCAGCGGCGGCUCUGGCGGUGGCGGCUACCGAUCUGGUGGUCGCGACGAUUACAGCGGCGGCGGCGGCGGAUACUCUAACGGCGGCGGUGGUGGCGGCUACGGUGGUAGCGGAGGCUACUCCGGCGGUGGUGGUGGUUAUGGCGGUGGUGGUGGUGGUGGUGGUGGCUACGGCGGCGGCGGCGGCGGUGGUGGUUACGGUGGUGGCGCUGGCGGUGACCGAAUGAGCCAACUUGGUGCCGGCCUCAGCAAGCAGUCGUGGGACAUGAACACUCUUCCCAAGUUCGAGAAGUCCUUCUACAAGGAAGACGACGCUAUCGCCAACCGACCUGAUAGCGAAGUUGAGCGAUUUCGACGCGACCAUCAAAUCGCCGUUACCGGUACCGAUGUCCCCAAGCCUGUCGAGACCUUCGACGAGGCUGGCUUCCCCCGAUACGUCAUGGACGAAGUCAAGGCCCAGGGCUUCCCUGCUCCUACCGCCAUUCAGUCCCAAGGAUGGCCCAUGGCUCUUUCCGGUCGUGAUGUUGUUGGUAUUGCCGAGACUGGUUCUGGAAAGACUCUUACGUAUUGUCUUCCCGCUAUUGUCCACAUCAACGCACAACCGCUCCUCGCUCCUGGUGAUGGACCCAUCGUUCUUGUUCUGGCACCUACCCGAGAGUUGGCCGUCCAGAUUCAACAGGAAAUCACCAAGUUCGGAAAGUCCUCCCGCAUUCGCAACACCUGCGUUUACGGUGGUGUUCCCCGUGGUCCCCAGAUCCGUGACCUCACUAAGGGUGUCGAGGUCUGCAUUGCGACCCCCGGCCGUCUGAUUGACAUGCUCGAAGGUGGCAAGACCAACCUUCGCCGUGUUACCUACCUAGUCCUCGAUGAGGCUGAUCGCAUGCUUGACAUGGGGUUUGAACCUCAGAUUCGCAAGAUCGUUGGCCAGAUCCGUCCCGACCGUCAGACUCUCAUGUGGUCUGCAACAUGGCCCAAGGAAGUCCGAGCAUUGGCAUCCGAGUUCCAAACGAACUUCAUCCAGGUCAACAUUGGUUCCCUGGAACUCUCUGCUAACCAUCGCAUUACCCAAAUCGUCGAAGUUGUAUCCGAGGGUGAGAAGCGUGAUCGCAUGAUCAAGCACAUGGAGAAGGUCAUGGAAACCAAGGAAAACAAGGUUCUCCUCUUCGUUGGUACCAAGCGUGUUGCCGACGAAAUCACUCGAUUCCUUCGACAAGACGGAUGGCCCGCACUCUCGAUCCACGGUGACAAGCAGCAGAACGAGCGUGACUGGGUUCUUGAUCAAUUCAAGACUGGAAAGAGUCCCAUCAUGGUUGCUACCGACGUGGCUUCUCGUGGUAUCGAUGUUCGCAACAUCACUCACGUGAUCAACUAUGAUUACCCGAACAACUCGGAGGACUACAUCCAUCGCAUUGGCCGUACCGGUCGUGCUGGCGCCAAGGGCACGGCCAUCACCCUGUUCACUACUGACAACUCGAAGCAGGCUCGUGAUCUAGUCAACGUCCUCCAGGAAGCUAAGCAGCAGAUCGACCCGAGACUAGCCGAGAUGGCCAGAUACGGUGGUGGCGGCGGUGGAGGCCGGUAUGGCGGACGAGGCUUCGGCGGAGGCCGUGGCGGCGGAGGUCGUGGAGGUGGUCGUGGCGGCGGCGGCGACGACGGUGCUAACAGCAUGCCUCUAGGCCGAGGACGAUGGUAA